AUGGAAAAUAGAGAACGGAAGAUUAUGGUAGCUGUUGACGAAAGUGAAGAAAGCAUGUACGCACUUUCAUGGUCCAUCUCCAACCUUAUUUCUGAUACCAACAACAAUAGCAAGCUUGUUCUUCUUUAUGUCAAACCACCUUCUGCUGUCUACUCACUGGAUUCCCAAGGGUAUAUAUUUUCCAGUGAGGCAAUUGAUGCUUUGGAAAGAUACAGUACAGAGUUAGCUAAAUCAGUGAUGAAAAGAGCUGAAGCUAUUUGCAGAAACUUUGAUGCUGCUAGUAUAAAUAUUGAGAAAGUAGUUGGAACUGGGGAAGCCAAAAGUGUUAUAUGCAACGCAGCAAAGAAACUAGAGGUUGACACCUUAGUUAUGGGAAGUCAUGGAUAUGGAUUCAUUAAAAGGACACUACUUGGAAGUGUGAGUGAUUACUGUGCUAAGAAUGCUAAAUGUCCUGUUGUAAUUGUGAAGCAACCGUAG